CCUCACUCUUUCAAGACUGAAUAGAUUCCUUUGCUGCGCGUUAUGCACCAGUCUGACAACACAAGGCGGUCAAUCGGUUCUCUGAUUGACGCCACUCAUGCAUUGACCCAUUCAGUCAGUCACGCAACCAUCUGUCUGUCUGCCUGUGUCUGCUACGCUAUACACACAGUGUCAAGGAGACGAGAUCGAUGGACCUGUACUAAGAGUGAAGCACGAUAUUUCACAAUACGCAGACGAAAAGGCCUACGAGAUAGAGGAAGCAUGCAAAUCGCAUCAUGCGACAGACAUGAAAAAGAGGAGCGACAAGAGACGACAAAUAUACAGCCAGACAGACAGAGACAAACAUCGAUCAGCCGCAUUCACUCACUGCACCAGAUGCAGCACCUCUAUCUCGUCAGCCAUGAACUCACUUGACCCACCCAACAGGUUGUCGGGUAUCGCCCGCCGCUGCUGCUCCUCCCGCUGGCGGCCGAUGCACCUUAUAGUCUCCAUAUUCUGGUCAUGUAUCCUGAACAGAUUCUCCAUCUGCUGCGUGUCGCGAUCGGCCACCGUUUGCUGCCGUGUGUCCAUGCAGCUCGUACGAACACUGCUGCUGAAGGUGUACUGCCGGCAGCUGCGGAUGUCGUCAGCAGGCCGGCGGCUGCCACGGCUGUCAGCCGCCAGAUGCAGAUACCCACCGAUCCGCACAUUUGCACCCAACGCACUUCCCUCCUUCCCCGCCACAUGGACAAUCUGCCCCUCUCGUGGUAUCUCGAUCUUGGUCGGCUUCUCGAAGUGGCCGGCCAAUGAGUAAUACCACACAUCACACGGGUACAUGCUGCUGCCGGUCGGGCUGUCGGGCAGCAGAAUGCCGCAAUUGAUGAAGGCGCCAAACAAGUACUGACCAUUUCUGACCACCAACACGAGAGGCUUCGCGUCGCCCACUCGAUCCAGCAGGUCGUCAUAAGUGGUGCCGUGCACAGACGUCCUACACACACACACGGAAUCUGCCCAUCAUCCCAGCACUGUUGGCAUGAUGUGCGUCUACCGGUAGAGUGAGGUGACUCGUGUAGUGCCAUUGGCCCCCAGCAGGCCGAGCAGCCCCUCAUACUCUGACGCCGACAGCGACGUACCGUCAGGCAAUCCCUGCAGGCCACGCAAAUGGACCUGAACACACGAGUCAUUCGAGCCACACCACACCAAAGCAUCAAAUGGAUGAGUAGAUGGGUCAUGGCGCGAGGACGUUCUCACCUGCCCGACGACCCGACCGGCCGCCGUGAGUACGACAGUGAUCAUCAACAGCACGAUACAAGAAGUUGCCAUCGCGGGAGCAGAAGGAGGGAAGACAGUGAGCCUCGUUUGGUCAAGUCAACCAGAGGCAGCCAGCCAGAUGAGAUCCGAGCGAGGCACGAGGCAAGGACCCAUUAUCCUCCCUGAAAUGACGUGAGAGGUCGAUCUGCCAGACGAGGAAAGGACCUGCGCUUGGACGAAGAAACGACAAGCACGG